UUUUGCAACCUCAAUGUACCCAAAUGGACUGCGUUAGUUUAGACGAUUAGAACUUGUCAUCGCCCACUGCGAAGCGCAGCUUGUAGUGGAUGCUACAAACAUGUAUGGCUGCAGAGUUUAUGAUUGUCCAAACCAGUCAGCGUGACAGUCCGCUCAGAGUGGACAAGUGCCCACAGAUACAGCCGGGGAACUGUGGGCGGAGGACGAACUUACGUCACCCACACAUCUAGUAGAGGCCCUGCACACUGACUGUUCUAUUAUACUAUAUAUAUAUGUCUGCUGAUCUCCGGUGAUAGAUUGAUGAAUUCGUGGACUGAAUACUACAUGGGAGUGGAAAAGUGUUGAUUCAGCAUUCGUGAACGCGUCAAGACUCGGACGCCAUGCACGACACCGAGACUAUGGCGCUAAUGCCACGUGACCGCCUCUCCCCGCUCCUGAUGCCUCAUCACGUGACCAGCAUCCCGUACGGACUGGUUCAGAGGAAGCAGUAUGACGGUCACACCAAACACCCGAUGACUGAAGUAUUUUCGGUGAGUUUUGACGACGAUGACGAUUUCAGCGACCACGAUUCGCAUUACUCCGAAGACGAAAUCGACACCAUGCCCCUACCAAUCUGUCACGUGACUCAGCUUACAUCACCAGACGACCAAGACGUCACACAAAGGCUGCUUAACUUUGUAGACAUGGCAAAUAGUGAUAUUCAGAAGUUCUUUGGACGCAGGAAAGGUGAAGAGGAUUCUUGUGAUAUUUACGAAGAGAAGUGGACUUCCGGUAAAUCUGGACGGGAAUUAUAUUACGCUGAUCUGCUGAAGAUUGCUCAAGGCGGAGACACGGACAGGCCCAGAAAAUCUGGCAAAAGUUCCACAGGACAGGCGUCAGGGGAAAAGGAGGCUUUCUCCGGUCACAUGGACAGACAUGCGGGUUUAGGGCCUCUCGGAGAACUGUUUGAAUACGGACUUCGUAAUGUACACUUAGAAAGCAGUACUAAAAAUGGACGAAACAGUGCCAAGCGGUUGAAAACUGACCAGAGCAAGAAUAAUAAUUCUUUGCCAAUGGCGCAUCGAAAAUUGCCAGAAAGUUUCUGGAAAGAGCCAAAGACAAAUUUUGCUGUUGGUCCGACGACACAGGUCAGCAUGGCUGGGUCUCUGCAGGCGAACAAAGCCCCUGACUUUAGCGAUCUUCUACACCACUGGACAGGGGGCGUCAGUGAGACAGGAGAGUUCCACGCUGAACUCUCUUCCAGUGAAAUGAGCAUGACUUCCACAGAUUCCACAUGAAAUGUUAUAUACGUCAUUAGCAUAAUUUCUAACGUUUCUGAUUCACUGUCAGUUUGCUUGUAGGAACGAUCCUUUCGUGAUAAACGCAGACGUGAUGAUGGUGCCAUUGUUUGGAAUGUUUGUCUCGCUGCUAUAUGCACCAAGAAACCCUAAAACAUUCGUCUACGAAUUGAUGGAGCCAGCUUUGACUAAACUGCCAUGAAACCCUGUAAAUUCGUAACGGUACAAGGUGACUUACAUAAAGGUGGGGUAAAAUAGCGUACAGAGACCAUAGCUUCUUUAUGCCUAGAAAACUACAUUUUUUGUUAAAUCAGUGUAUUCAGCUCUCCGGCAGGCUGCAUUUUUACCCCAGCGCACACUUUAUUCUGUUUACUAUGAUUUGUAAUUUCAUAAAAGACAUGGAAAUAGGUGCAAUACAUUGUUGUUCAAGGGUAACUCUGUUAUUUACAGUACAACAGUACAGGAUAUUUCCCCAAUCGCCUGGCAGAAAUCAUUGUCGUAAUCUGUAGCUUAAUCUUAAUCCACUUACGCCUGUAUAAGAAGGUAAACCCAGGGCAAUCCCCAACUGUUGUCGAACGCAGGCACAUACCCACUCAUUGUUAGUGUUUACAUUCAUAUCCAGGGUACAAGAUGACUAAUUUAUGUGUUCGCAUUAUAAAAGACCUAAUAAAUGACUAUGGAGCUCUA